ACAAAAAUAAAGUUGACAUUACUUCAGACACUGUUUAGCUGAAAUGAAGUUUUUCGUGAUUGGUCUGAUUUGGGUUCUGCCUGCAAUUGUGUUAUCGUUUAACUGUAAAGGAAAUGUGGACGGUGUUUUUGAUAUUGGGUGUAAAGUAUUUGUGCAGUGUAUAAACGGUACGGAGAAUGUUGUAGAAUGUCCAGUUGGCACUGUCUUCAACAAGAAUACCAAACUAUGUGAUCUACCCAUAAGGGUACCGUCACCAUGUGGUGACAUUAUGGAUUGCUCUAACAGAAAUGAUAGCCGAUAUGCAGAUCUCUCGAAAGAUUGUACUUCUUACUAUACCUGUAAUGGCGGAAUUUAUUUUGGUCACAACUUUUGUCCUGGAGAUAUCUCUCUUCUUUUUUGUAAAGGAAAUGUAUUUAACGAGAAGAUUCAAACUUGCGACUGGAAAUACCACACCGAUCCACCCUGUGGUACCAAAAAUACAUAAACAUGUCAAAGAAAACCACUAAUAUUGUGUUAAUUAUUUUGUUAAUUCAUUUCUAUAAUUACUUGCAUAGCAUAAGAACAGAUGGUGAAAUGUGUCGAAGUAUUCAAUUACAUCUCGCUUUACUUUUAUGGAGCAUCUUUUUUUGUAGUGAAUUUGCAAUAAAUUGUUUUUGACAUAA